CUGAGCAAAGCUUGACAAAACACUUUUUAAAAAGAAAAUUUUAAAGACUUUUUUUUUGUUUUAAUGUGUGAAUUUGUUUACUUGUAGGUACCCUGUGAGCAUGCAGUACUCAAGGAGGCCAGAAGAGGGUGCCAGAUCCCCUGAAACAAAUCACCUUCCAGUUGUGAGCCACUAUGUGGGUGCUGGGAACUGAACCCAGGUCCUCUGCAAGAGCAAUAAGUGCUUUUAAUCGAUGAGAUGUCUUUGAAGUCUCUCUUUGAACUUUUAGGCUACUUCCUAACAUAAUAUAUUUAUUACUUAAACAAUGGAAUUGUUCUGUUUCUAUUCUAGUAACUAUUCAGAGUGAAUUACUAACAUCUUUUUGUAGAUCUUUGUUUUUGUUUUUAUGAGGCAGAGUCUCAUGUAGCCUAGGCUGGUCCCGAUCUCUGUACCUGCACAUGAUCUUCACGCCUGCUCCUCCUUUCCAACAAAAGGGCUAGGAUCCCAGGCUCAGGCCAGCACUCCUGACUCUUCUGUGGGAACCCUCCCACACAUUUUCAUGCAGUUAGGUUCAGUCUGGAAGAGUACUACUGCUGCAGUAUGGAUAGCUCUGGUGGUUGCUGCUGCUGAAGAGGUCAGCAAUUGUGUGUGGGGGGGUAGGGGGAAGUCAUUUCAGUGAGACUCCAGUGAACUACUAGCAAGUUCCCAAGGCAGCAAGCAGGAAAAAGUGUUGAAAUCAAAGAAGCAGGUGGUAGUGUGCCAGGCGGCAGCCCUGAAGAUGCAGCUUUCCAGGCCCCUCUGGCUCAGGAAUCCUGUUGCAAGUUCCCAUCAUCCCAGGAAGCAGAGGAGGCCUCCAGCUGCCCUCGGAAGAAAGACUCUAGUCCCAUGGUGAUUUGUCAGCUGAAAGGAGGCGCUCAGAUGCUGUGCAUAGACAACUGUGGCACAAGGGAGCUCAAAGCCCUCCAUCUGCUUCCUCAGUACGAUGACCAGAGCAGUUUCCCUCAGUCAGAGCUCCCUAAGCCAAUGACAACUUUAGUGGGAAGACUUCUGCCAGUGCCAGCGAAGUUAAAUCUCAUCACACAAGUUGAUAAUGGAACUCUCCCAUCGGCUGUCAAUGGGGCUGCCUUUCCCUCUGGACCUGCUCUGCAAGGGCCACCCAAAAUAGCUCUGGCUGGGUACUGUGACUGCUUCUCCAGUGGGGACUUCUGCAACAGCUGCAGCUGCAACAACCUGCGCCAUGAGCUUGAGCGUUUCAAAGCCAUUAAGGCGUGUCUUGAUAGAAAUCCUGAAGCUUUCCAACCAAAAAUGGGAAAAAGCCGGCUGGGAGCUGCUAAGCUUCGACACAGCAAAGGGUGCAACUGUAAGCGCUCAGGCUGCCUGAAGAACUACUGUGAGUGUUAUGAGGCCAAAAUCAUGUGUUCUUCCAUUUGCAAAUGCAUUGCUUGCAAAAACUAUGAAGAAAGUCCAGAGCGAAAAAUGCUGAUGAGCACACCCCACUACAUGGAGCCUGGGGACUUUGAGAGCAGCCACCAUCUGUCCCCAGUCAAGUUCUCAGGACCUCCAAAACUGAGAAAAAAUAGGCAGGCCUUCUCUUGUAUCUCCUGGGAGGUAGUGGAGGCCACAUGUGCCUGCCUACUGGCCCAGGGUGAGGAGGCAGAACAGGAGCGCUGCUCUCCAAUUCUGGCGGAGCAGAUGGUUCUGGAGGAGUUCGGAAGGUGCCUGUCGCAGAUUCUCCACAUCGAGUUCAAGUCCAAGGGGCUGAAAAUUGAGUAGAGUGCAAGCUGGUAAAGGGGGAACGCUUGUGGCAAGUCUCAGCCCUGGGAGUCUGCACCAAGGAAGCUGGUGCAGAGGGAGGAGCAGGAGGCCCUGCAUCAUGGCCAGGUCAGCUGCGAGGUCUGAGUGAUCUGCGUGGUACUGGCCAGCCUACUCAAGGUAUCCUAAAGUGCAAGCAGGCAGAGCUGCCCUGGGGAUGGACACUGGCCCUCCUGUCCCUGGGGAGGCCCUCUGGAGGACCCCCUGCCCUGCAUAAAAAAGAGGGUGGCUUUCUGCUUGUUGUUUAUAUGUUUGCUUUUCAAAUUGCUUAGUAGUACCUCCAUUCACGUUGUUAUGAGCCAGCUUCAAGUUAGAGAGCUAGGCUCUCCAGGUGGACUCUGUCCGAGUCACACACAAGUCAGGUGGCCAACAGGGGUCUUCCAGGCCAGGCCUGUGACAGGAGAUGUGGGAGGAGGGUUGGGUUGAAGCUGGGUUUGUUUGGGUUUUCUCGUAUGCUUUUUUUUUCCUGUAUUUCUGCUUGAAGUGGGAAAAUUUGUCUCCUGUCCAACCCUCUUCUCCAUAAUUACUGCUGCACUGUCGCCUGCAGACCAGUCACAGUGACCUCAGACACCAGCAGGUGAGGUGGCUUACUAUGCAUACCCACACUGUGUUUUGUUGUGAGAGUAAACCUUUCCAGAUUCCCAGUUGGAACUAGGUUAGUGCUGAAAAUAUAUUUGUCUUAAUACCUA